AUGUUGUCUGCGAAGAGGAGCAGCGACAGUGUUGCGAGGCAGUCGGGCACACUUGUGGAGGCGACUGACCCGCUCAAUUUGCAACCGUUUCGUCCGUCGCUGGUGUUAACGUUUCGCGGUCAUCGGAGUGGCGUUUUGGCUGCAGGGUUUCAGCCGUCUGCCUCGUCAUUGCUCGAACGACGUGGUGACACGAGUGAUGGGAUACCGACAUACGCCUUCUCUUCCGGUGCUGAUGGGCUUGUGUUCUUGUGGAGCGCGAAACCCACUGUUCGGGCUCUGCGGUUUACCGGGCACCGCGGCCCCGUCUACGACUGUGCAUGGAGCCCGCAUGCCCAUCUGAUUGCCAGCGCCGGCCACGACGGUUUUGUCCGUCUGUGGUUGCCAUCUCUUCGGCGGAGUGGCGGAUUGACGGCGCCAUUUACAAAUGACAAUAGCCCCGAGAAUUGCUGUCAUUGGCGAGCGCACGGGGGUCCGGUGAGGUCAAUUGCGAUCGCCCCGCACGAUGACCAUCUUUACACGGCGGGGGACGACAAGUCCGUGAAGUGCUGGGACCUUAACUACGCCUCCUCCGCGACGUGUGUCAAAGGCGGCGGGAACAAAUUUGUCUGCGGUUUCACAGGCGGGCACCAGAAUUGGGUACGAACUGUCGCCGUGUCGGGCGGUGGUGCUCAUGACAAUGGAGUCCUUCCAACUCAUAUUUCGCUUGUUGCAAGUGGAGGGGACGAUCGGACGGUGCAAGUUUGGGAUCCCCGCUCAAGACGACCGACACAUACCUUUUAUGAACACACUGGAUCCGUGCGGUCGGUUGAUUUUCACCCAGACGGCUGUUCGCUGGCAACAGGAUCGGCAGAUCACACUAUCAAUGUUUUUGACCUCCGUAGGAACCAACUGCUGCAGCAUUACGACGCGCAUGAUGGAGGAGUAAACGAGGUUUGUUUUGCGCCUACUGGAAGUUGGCUGCUUUCCGCAUCUGCGGAUGGCGCAGUAAAGAUGUGGGACCUGAAGGAGGGGUACCUGUACUGUACAUUAAAUGCACAUGAGGGGGCGGUAUCUACCGCCCGUUUUUCUGAUGAUGGAACAUGCUUUACCACUGCGGGACAGGAUGGGAUUGUCAUGGUCUGGCGUUCGGGUUUGCCGCGUGUGUCGCCGGCGUAUGCAAAUUAUCCGAAUAUUCACCUUUAUGCACCAGAGAGUGUGCGGGGAGGCCCACAGAUAUCGAAAAGGCCUGUAGAAACCACGCGGGUGGCGGCGUCCACCUCCAACCCCGCGGGAAUCAUUCCAGAAACAACGCCAAGAGAUGUGCCCGGGUUCAGUGGUCUUUGUUCUUUGAUGGAGUCAUCGGAGAACCGUGAACAUGUCAGUCCAUCCUCACUUCCGAAUCAGAGCAGCACACAAACGUUAUCGAAGCCACAAAGACAUAUGCCCUCCUCUAUCGUCCAUUCGCAAUUCUCCUCAUCCUCUUCUUCUCGGAAGCCACCACUCUUUCAGCCGUCUUCUCGUCCCGCCGCAACACCAGCAGCGGCGGCAGUGGCAUCCUCAUAUUCGGAGGAAAAUGUCCGCACGAGGAGCGAGAGAGAGGUGGAUAAUAGAAAUCAUCAUCAUCAUCAUCAACAGUGGACCACACAUGAUGAACAAGAGAGUGAGGUUAGAAAAUCAUUGGCAUUUACCCGCGAGGAGGGCGAGCGGCGAUAUCCUCUUUCAAAGCCGCCUCAACUUUCAGAUGACGAGGAAGAAGAUAACAAAGAGAGAAGGGGGAAGGGAAAGGCAGGAGAAAAAGGAAGCUACCAAAAAUCACAUGCCUCUGAAUUGCCUCCCAUGGAGUCUGUACGAGCCCGGGACUGCGGUGCAGCAGCGAGGUCGAGUGAGAUUGACGAUGAGAUGAGUGUUGUGGAGUAUGUUGGAAGGACAUGUGACGAGGAAUACGAGGAAUAUUGCACUAAUGGAUCAGCACCGUCCAACUGCCAUAUGGUCUCGUCCCCGUCACAUAGAAGACAAGUAGAACAACGCACAAACGAUCGUUUGACUCAUCUUGAGGAGACCUGUGCACGGCUAGCGGCAGAAGUUCAAUUAGCGCAUGAGCACAGCGUCGUCUUAACACAGGAGCUGCAGAAACAGUGGGAUGCACAGCAGCAGCAACAGAGGAAUCAGAUAGAACAAUUACGACAGAUGAUGGAAGGCUUUGUGGCGCAGCAAGGUGCGUUGCUGCAGGCACUUCGCAGGGAAUAA